CAUAAUCGAUGAAACAUCAAAAUGAAAAAAUUAGAGGGUAUAUCGCUUGUAUCUAGUUGAAUUUACGGAAUAUAUAUGACACAUAGAACAUGCUUAUAAGCAUCGGAAAUUAUCGAUAAGGAAAAUUUCAGUCAACAAUUUAGAGCGCACGCAAUUAUCACCCCCUUAUAUCCUCUUCAAUUUUCUGUAUACUAUCUAAAUGACUGAACGCCUCCUUGUGCAAGAAAUUGAGGUCCACUGCUCUAUCUCGAACCGAACAUGCCGUCUCACUAUCUAAUUAUUUCUUGCUCUUUUUUUUGUCUUUUGAUACUUCGAUAUCAGAAACAAGAUCGGAUUUGAUCAACGUUGCCACACCGAUAAUGAAAUUCAAGUCUCGCUGAUUUUUGUGCGCACAUAUCUAUUAGUUCCGUCAAUUUUGUUUUGCUUGCUUUCUGUAGCGUUUGGUAGUCGUGUCCUUGUUGGGCGUGAUAUUAACCUUUUCAUUGUUGACAGGGAACGCCAGCGAAAACGGGAGAACCAACUGAGAGCCAGAAUGCAAGGAAAACCAGGAUGUCAACCAGUAGUUAUUCCUCCCCUUUUCGGAAAUCCAGUUAAGGUUCCUUCAACGAACGAUGAUCCGUUAACGGGAAAACUGAACAGGAUACUGGGAGAUUAUGGCAAGGUGAAGCACCUAUACCAGGGGAAAAAGAUUUUUAUCGCCCCCGGCAUAUACCGUGUAUAUGCUGCGCAACGGAGGGCACACAAUGUGUCAAACCAUCAAUUAGCAAACAGGCGGCCUUAUGUUGCAACAACGCAGCCUAACAAUCACCACUAUCCUGGAUUUCCCUUUAUUCCCGACAGAAUUGACGAACGAGGCCCUCGGCAGAACCACCAGGUGAGGCAGGGUAACAUAAACUGUGCCACCCACAAACAAAACGAUAACGGUCUAGUUCGACAAAUGUUGUGUCGUUCAGUGUCUAUGGGUCGCCCUCUUAAUAAUACAACAUCCCGUCUAGCCGCUCCUAUAGUGGACCCAAUGAAUCUGCCUCCCCAGAAUUCAGUUCCCGGGAACGUCGAAUUGGACAGGGCUCUUGCGGAAAUGGUAAUGCUGAAAGCACCAAUUUCGCCCAUUGCUACAAAGCCUAGCUCCCAUGUUCAAUUUCAGCUGUCAGAGAUGCCUCUGGCCAAAGAUUCUUCUACUCGGAAUCGAAAUGUAGAGCCUCUCGAGCAAACGGCGCACAACGUCUCUGGCACAUCAGCCGAUCUGCGAAUGCGACUGGCCUUGUCGGAUAUCAGUGAGGACGAGGACGAAGAUCAUCCAAUUGUGAAAAGGACGCUGUCGCCCAUCGCUGCGAAAGCAUCCACCAAUUGCAUCGCAGUAGACGACAAGAAAGAAGAAAAAGAUCAGGAGACUAAAAAUAAAGGUCGUAAAAUGAAAAAAGUUGAGAUGAAAUCAAAAGAAGAGAAUCUCAUGAUUGACGACGGCAGUGAUUAUGAAAAAUAUUUCGUCGAAGCUAAAAAACUAAAACAUUUAGCUGAUUCAGUGUCUGAUCCUUUCAAGCAUUGUCAGUUGUACAUGUAUGCCGUUCUUCACUUCCUUUUAACUGGGGAUGCUAUGGAAAAAAAGGGAAACAAAGAGGAGGCAGCUUUCACGAUGUUCAGGGACACACUCUCCCUAAACAAAUACAUUUCCGGAAGAUAUAAGCAACACAUGUAUUCUCGAAUGUUCACCACCCUGGCCGUUUUGAAUUAUCGCUGUCAAUCAAGAGUGUACUUCAAACUCUUGGAAAUAAAGAGAAAAGAAAAUAGGGAGUAUGAGAAAAAAAUAUCAGAUUUUUAUAAUAAGAUUGGGGCCGAACCGACUGCUUCAUCAACAGUAUCACCAUCAGGUUCAGUGGGAUCAAUAGAAAACCAUUAUUCAUCUGGUAAGAGUGGUAGUGACCCACCCACCAGAAAGCAAGGAAUCUGGGUUCCCUUGCCUGUUCGCAACGCUGCGUCAAUCCAAAACCAGCAUUUGACGUACUUGCUGGGCUAUAUGGAUCUCUGGGAAGCCGCUAAUAGUUUAGUAGAAAAUGCAGGUCUCACUGAAUUCUUCAUUCAUUUGGAUAGAACCUGCAGACCAUUAUUGAUAAACAGUUCAAUUCGACAUUUGGUGUGGUAUUGUAAGAAGGGCAUUGAGCUGGCCAAGGAAAAAAUGUAGGAAAAGAACCGAAAAGAGAACUUUCAAUAAUGGAUUAAUUAAUUACGGCUAAUAAACAGAUCGCCCGAUUCUGAAAUUUAUAUAAAAAACUCACUGGUAAAUGAAUGGAAAUCAUAAAAGAGUUUAUUGAAUUUUCAACUUAUAAACAAUUCACUUUCACAAGCCUCCAUCUAUUUAGAAAGGACCAGCAGACCAUAAAAAACAAAGCUCAAUUCGAUAUUUGAAGACGUAUUUUGUGCUAGGCAAGAGAGGAAUGCAAGAAAAUAAAUUAUCAAUCAGAUUGAUUAAUUAUGGCUGAUAACCUGAGUAGAUGAAAGCGAAAGUUUCAUUGGAGAAAAAAAGGAUUAAACUGAGAAGCCUAGAAAAAAGAAGUAGGACAUUGGAAUAAUUUACAUAUUAUUGUAAAUAUAAUUUCAAAUUAAUGUGAAUUUAAAUAUUUUGUAUGAACUAAGUGAGUAGCUCGAAAAUAUAUAAGAAGUAAUCAUGAUUAUUCUUUUAACAUAUAUGCAAGUUA